UUCUUUCGUGAUAUAUGAACCAUAACUUUCACUUAGUGGCAGUGAUCAUUGUGUUUUUUUUUCCUAAAUACAUGCCACCAUUAACAAAUAACGAUCCAACCAAAAAUUGAUCCAUUUGACCAGUUAUACCGAGAUAAAUGGCCAAAAAGUGGACAUAUUAUCACAUCAAGUCUCAGAUCGAAAAUUGGAUUAGAUAUUAAAAUCAUGAGAGAUAUGAGCUAAUUUCUGGAUACCAAUUGGUUUUAAGUUGGAAUCUAGUAAUAAUGACCAAACUAACAAAUUCUUAUGUCUGUUUUUUCCUCUGUUAUUAGCUAUGACGCUUUCAUGUCCAAGUGACAAUGUCCUAAGAUUCUCCGUCACAAGCCGGCUAUUCUCUUGUGAAUCGGUUAGCAUUGACGAGAAGUGGAAGAAGAAAAAAUACAUUAGUUUACCUUCUUGUCGUGGUGGUACGAGGAAGGUUUUUGCGUCAAGACAUUAUGUGCCAGGAGUAGUACACUUGGAAGAUUCGUUGGUUGGUGAGAAAAGUCUAUCAAGAAGAGAGACUGGAGAGAGGCUUGGCUUUGUGAGGACUUUGUUGAUUGACAAUUAUGAUAGUUACACAUUCAAUAUAUACCAGGCACUCAGUACUAUUAAUGGAGUGCCUCCUGUGGUUAUUCGAAACGAUGAGUGGACGUGGGAAGAAGCUUACCAUUACAUAUAUGAAGACGCUGUUUUUGAUAAUAUUGUUAUAUCACCUGGACCUGGUUCCCCCAUGUUCCCUGCUGAUAUAGGAAUAUCUCUUCGCCUUUUGCUUGAAUGUCGUGAUAUUCCAAUUCUAGGUGUCUGCCUUGGCCACCAGGCACUGGGUUAUGUCCAUGGAGCUCAUGUGGUACAUGCCCCAGAACCAGUCCAUGGACGUUUAAGUGGGAUUGAACAUGAUGGGAACAUAUUAUUUUCUGAUAUACCAUCCGGGAGAAACUCUGAUUUCAAGGUUGUUAGAUACCAUUCACUGAUCAUAGAUAAGGAAUCACUGCCAAAGGAACUCGUUCCAAUAGCGUGGACUAUUUAUAAUGACACUGGUUCUAUAUCCAAGAAGAAGUACUGUGUUCCUGUGAAUAACUCUGUGACCCCAUCAGGGGAUGGAUCUAUCAUUUCUAUUUCCGAAGAGCUGGAAAAUCAAAGUUAUUGGCCUUCGUCCCAUGUUGAUGCAAAACAAGAUAGACACAUUCUCAUGGGCAUCAUGCACUCUACUUUUCCUCAUUAUGGUUUACAGUUUCAUCCAGAGAGUAUUGCUACCACCUAUGGAAGUCAAAUAUUCAAGAACUUCAAAGACAUAACUGUGGACUAUUGGAAUCAUUGCAAAUCUCCAUCAUUGCCUCGGAGAAAGAUUAAUGUAACCGGAAACAUGCAGGUGCCUGGUGCUUGUGAAUUACUGAAAGAACUUUCCAGAAGUAGAAGUAAAGGAAACGGUUCGAGCUAUUACGGUAACCCUAGGACUUCCCUCUCUGUUGCCAAGAAAAAUGGUGUAGACGUCCUCGAACCUAACGAAAAAUUGCUGAGGUUGAAAUGGAAGAAGCUAGAACGUAUUGCACAUAAAGUUGGUGGAGCAAGAAAUAUAUUCAUGCAACUCUUUGGCAAAAGUAGAGGGAAUGAUGCUUUUUGGCUGGAUACUUCUUCUAGCGACAAGGGUCGAGGGAGAUUUUCAUUCAUGGGCGGUAAAGGUGGAUCCCUGUGGAAGCGGUUGACAUAUAGUUUAUCUGAUCAAAGCGAGAUUACAUCUAAACAUGGUGGACACCUUUUGAUUGAAGAUGCUUACAGUUCUACUGAGAAAAGAUUCUUGGAACAAGGCUUUCUAGAAUUUUUACGUAAGGAGCUUUCAUCUAUCUCUUAUGAUGAGAAGGACUUUGAAGGCUUCCCUUUUGAUUUUUAUGGUGGAUACGUCGGUUGUAUUGGGUAUGAUAUUAAAGUCGAAUGUGGAAUGCCAAAUAAUCGUCACAAAUCCAAGGCUCCGGAUGCAUGUUUUUUCUUUGUAGAUAACAUAGUCGCCAUUGAUCAUCAUCUUGAUGACGUUUAUGUAUUAUCACUUCAAGAAGAAGGCACCGCAGAAACCUCUUUCCUGAAAGAUACCGAAGAGAAGCUCAUUAGCAUGAAGGUUUCGUCCACAAGAAACUGGAAGGAUCAUCAAACUAUUCCUGCUAUAGAUUCAUCUACAAGUUUUUUCGUCCCUGACAAAUCACGAGAGCAGUAUAUCAACGAUGUUGAGAGGUGUAUGGGGUACGUCAAAGACGGGGAGAGCUACGAGCUUUGUCUCACUACUCAGAACAGAUGGAAGAUAGGGAACAGUACUGAUCCUUUGGGACUUUAUCUCCACUUGAGAGAGAGGAAUCCAGCUCCAUAUGCAGCCUUUCUCAACUUCUCUAAUGCAGAUUUGUCUUUAUGCUGCUCGUCCCCUGAAAGGUUUCUUAAGCUGGACAAAAAUGGAAUGCUGGAAGCGAAGCCGAUCAAGGGUACAAUGGCACGUGGCUCCACACCUGAAGAAGAUGAACUUCUUAAACUGCAAUUGAAACUAAGUGAGAAGAACCAAGCAGAGAAUCUGAUGAUUGUUGACCUUCUGAGGAAUGAUCUCGGCCGUGUAUGCGAGCCUGGUUCAGUCCAUGUGCCUAACCUUAUGGACGUGGAAACAUACACAACAGUACACACUAUGGUGAGCACGGUCCGUGGGCUGAAAAAGUCAGAUAUUAGUCCAGUGGAGUGUGUAAGAGCAGCUUUUCCUGGCGGGUCAAUGACCGGUGCUCCAAAACUAAGAUCUGUCGAGAUUCUUGACUCGCUUGAGAAGUGUUCGAGAGGACUUUACUCUGGCUCAAUAGGGUAUUUCUCGUAUAAUGGCACGUUUGAUCUGAAUAUUGUGAUAAGAACAGUGGUGAUACAUGAGGAUGAAGCUUCCAUUGGAGCAGGAGGGGCAAUUGUUGCGUUAUCAAACGCUGAAGAUGAGUUUGAGGAAAUGGUUCUUAAGACUAGAGCUCCUGCUAGUGCGGUCGUGGAGUUUUGUAGAGGUGUGAUUCAGUGAUCAGAGAGGACACGAGUUCUAGUUAUGUCUCUUGAAACAGUGAUGGGCCAUGAUGGGCUGGUAAAGAGAAGGGGAUUGCUCAUCCAUCGGGCGAGGCUAUGUGUUGUGGGCUGUGGCUUUUAAUCAGUUACUUUAAAAUAAAUAAAAACUAUUUGCAGAUUUCUUCUUCCGUUUUGCAGAUUUGUAUAAUAAAAUAUAAAGAAAACAUAUUGUAUUAAAAUAAAAUAUUCUCUCUCUAGAAGCUCCAACUUCUCUCUAGUUCUUCUCAAUCGCAGAUCGAGUUCGGUGGCCGGUGAGCAUCUUUGCCACCGGUCGCCACCCCCUUUUUGUUUUUUUUGUUUUACUCCGACUUAGUUCGGAUCUGUUUUCGGCUUGUCCGAUUGUAUAUUCCGGUCAUCAGACUUUUCUUUCCAGUUGUGGAUAAUAAAUUCGCUAGGCGACUUUUGCGGUGUGCGUGUGUUGUCUAACCUUUCACCGUUUAUCACUUCAAUCCCGUUGAUCUAUUGACUGGAUACCCUGUUUCACCGAAUCAACUUAGCCGCUUUUCAACGAGAAUCAGUCUUUACCGAUUUAGAUUAGCCAUUUUGGUUUAAGGUAAAGCAUCUCUGCUUAAAAGAUGGUGAAUUCGAUGGAUUUAUUAGGUCACGUUGAAAGGGAUUCAGCAGAGCCGGCGUUUAUAACGGUCCGGCAAAGUAUCUCUGUCUUCAACCCGAUCUAAAUGUCCUCUGUUUUAAGUACGGCGAGUCAUGGGUCCCUCCGGUUAAUUGAUCUUGGCUAACGUGAAAGGAAAUUGGAGUACAAGAUCUAAGCAACCUAAGAAGUUACAGUGGCUGGCGUUAGGUGUGAGUUGCCGCCGGUAGUCUCUUCCUCGCGACGGAGUCAGUGGUGGUUGAGCAAAGGGCGGUGGUGUUGAUACGUGUCUCACUUCUGCACCAGAUACUGCCACGUAGCAGACUAGUAUCUUCCAACCUGCACGUGUAAAAUAUUAUGUUAAGUAUAUUGCAGUUUGUGUUGGGUUUACUGAUUUCUUUGUACUCCAGUUUGUGUAAUAGCCCAUUGGGCUCUCGUUUAAUGAAACGAAUGUUGACAAAAAAAAAAGUAUAAUAAAAUAUAUUUUUGAAAUAGUGA